AAAGGGAUCAGAGAUAAUAACGGAAGUGAUGGACUUCAGCCUCCACGACUUCCGCAAACCGGCUCCUCCUAUCAGGGCGUCCCUUGCCUCUCCGGCCCGCCCCCUGUCACUGCCAUUCUCUGCUCCGAUUGGCCCCCGGCGGAAGCUCUUCCCUCGCUAUUGGCUGCUCUCUUCGCCGUCUGCCAGAUGUCGCCCCGCCCACCGGAGGGACGACAAAAACAAUCGGCAUCCCCCGACCCAGCUCGAAGCGAACAGGGGGGGAGACCCGAACCACGUCCAGCCUGCACACCGACUGACAGCAGCGAGGGAGACAUGGUUUCUCCGGUAACCGUGGUCAAGAGUGAAGGCCCUAAGCUGGUGCCGUUCUUCAAGGCGACAUGUGUGUACUUUGUCCUGUGGCUGCCCACCUCCAGCCCAUCCUGGUUCAGCGCCCUGAUCAAAUGUCUGCCCAUCUUCUGCCUGUGGGUCUUUCUGCUGGCGCACGGCUUCAGCUUCCUUGGUGCUCACUCCAAUGCCCGCAAGAUCCUGGCUGGCCUCAUCUUCUCUGCUCUGGGUGACGCCUUUCUCAUCUGGCAGGAGCAGGGCUACUUUGUCCAUGGCCUUCUAAUGUUUGCCAUCACCCACAUCCUCUACUCAUCUGCCUUCGGGAUGAGACCUGUGAACGUACAUGCUGGCCUCGUGAUCACUGCUGUGUCCUCUCUGAGCUACAUGCUGCUGUACCCCUACCUGUCUGGCCCCUUCACCUACCUCGUGGCCGUCUACAUCGCUCUGAUCGGCUUCAUGGGCUGGAGGGCCAUCGCCGGCCUGCAGCUGGCCAACGACCUGUGGACCUGGACCAAGCUGUCCGCCUGCCUCGGCGCCAUGCUCUUCAUGGUCUCUGACCUCACCAUUGCUGUCAACAAGUUCUGCUUCCCCGUGCCGCAUUCGCGCGCCAUCAUCAUGGCCACGUAUUACGCCGCGCAGAUGCUGAUAGCGCUAUCGGCCGUCGAGUGCCAGGACGCGGAGGUUGCCAGGAAGAGAACGUGAGGUACAUCGGUCUCGGGCAGAUACCGGCCACGGGGCUGGAAAGCUGGCAGCCAAUCCCCCUCAAGCCCUGAGUGAUCAUGGACACAUCUCACUGCCAGAUCCCCAACCCUCAGCCCUCAUCUCAGUGUGGCGCUCCCACAUCGGUGUUACCACGGCGACUGGACCACUACAGCCUUCACAUGGCUAUCACCCUACUACUCUUCUAGUAUAUUAGUCUCAGCCUGUCUUCUCACAAGAAGAUUGGGUAGUUUUAUCUUCGGCCUCUCCCGACAACAGUCCUACCUGCUUCCUCCUACUGUAGAUUAGCUGUCUCUCAAAACUAGUUACCACGGAGACUAGUGUAGUUAUAUUAACCUGCUAUAUAUAGAGUAUAACUUUACUUUUAACUGUUUUAAUUUAAGGGGAGCAUGUCACUGGGGACCUCCAAGGUAUGUGAGAGAGUGAUUUUAUGUGUGUGUGUGUGUGCGUGUGCGUGUAAGUGUGUGUGUGUAUGCGUAAGUGUGUGUGUGUAUGUGUGUGCGUGUGCGUGUAAGUGUGUGUGUGUGUGCGUGUGUGUGUGUGUGUGUGCUUGUGCAUAUAUAUGUGUUUGAUUAACACUUUUACCUCGCUUUCCACACAGCCCUAUCACACACACACUCAUUUAUUACACAUGGUCCAAUAAUGCAACAUCUUAACAUCUUAAUUUUGUUAAUUUUGUUUUGAUGCCUGAGACGUUAUGAGAAAGGGAUUUUUUAUUUAUGUUUUAACCGAUACUGCCCAUGUUCAGCCUCUGUUGUGUUUCCCUAAAUGAAGGGUGCUAUUCUUAAAGUCAGGAGCAUAUCCACACCUGUUUUAUUACCUGCAGUCACUUCUCUAGAAAUGCAGCAUCCACUGCGUAUUGUAGCUUUGGUGCAGGUUGGAUGAGGUGGAGGUUGUUUGUGGAAGCUCGAUUCUUUUUUUUUUAAUUGACACUGUAAACAACCAACCACUGAACACAUUGUACGCUUCCCCUGCUUCUCCUCGUGGUGUGAAGUCUCUCAGGCAUUUUACAGUCUUUUGCCCGCCAGCAGUUGUGUCCACACGCCUGACACCUACAGCUCCUGCUGGUUUACUUAUUGGAAAAGUUCACGGGGUUCUCACUGCAGAACGAGUCCAGCCGAGCCGUGUUGUCAUUGGCCUUGACCAUAUUAUUGAGAGUGAAACAAAAGGGCUACAUUACAGGCUGGAUUCUUGUUUGUUUAUCAAACCUGCAUGUCUGUUUCCCAGCAUGCAUUCACCCUCUCACAAUGACAGACAAACAUACACGUUGCCUCGGGUUCAGCCUGACGGAAAGAAGAAAGAGGUUCUUGUCAUGUGAGGGAAUAGUUAUCCUAUUAUUCCUAAUAAUUCUGUCUCACUGGGCACUUCAUCAACUUUAAUCCAGCGAAAUCCACCUCAGGUAAUCCCCCCCGACAGCCUGGCUUAUAAUAUUUUCUUUCAUCUCCCACACAUUUUCCCCUCUCUCAGCUUUCCUUCAUUUCAAACAUUUUCAGUUUGAAUGAAUUGCUUAAUUAAUAUUUAAACAUUUACCGUUACUCUUUCUUCAGACAUCUACAUAUUGUAUAUGCGUGUUUUGAGUGUGCAUGUGUGUGUAAGUGUGUGUCUGUGACCUCUGUCUUAGCUGUUCACUGAGCGUCUGUGUGUAUUUUACGACCAGUCAAAACCAACUCAAGGCCAGAAAGGCUGUGAAGCAUUAUAGUUUGUAUGGAGUACACAUACUACUAGAUAUCAUCAGUGUAUUCUCUUCACACCCAUCACCCCUUCAUGUGUUUUUAACUUCUAUAUCUAUUUUUCAUAUUUCAUUUUAGCUAAGUAUUGCUCCCUCUUAUGAGUUUAUACCACUAUCAGAUUAAUACCAAGAAAGUCAUAUUCCAAAUGCACUGUAGCAAUUUAAAGUAUUACUCACUAACCAAAAAAUAACAAAUUGACAAGAUUUGUUGUGUAAUGUAUAGGUCCAAAUGCACCUAUACACGUUGUAUAUUGUGCCGUAUAUGGAACACACGAGCACGAAGAAGAAGCUGAGUCAUGGUAUUUGGUUCCUUCUGAAGGGUCAAAGGCCCCAGGAGCCAUUGCUAACACACCGGCAUAUGCAUAAAAGAAAAAAACAUACACACAUCAAGAUGUAUAUCUGCAUCACGUCAGCCACCAUGACUGCAGGCAGAUCAUGGUGUUGACUAGCAUACUUUUUUUCCCCCCUAAGCAACAUGGUAUUAGUUUCACUGAGAAAGACACAGACGUCAUGGUUAUUGUCAUCUGCUGCUUUGCCACACAGUUCCUCAAUCUCCUCUCGGCAUUUCUGCUGUGUCAGUCAGAGGUGUUACACCAGUCCGUCUGUGUGUGACGGCUGGUCUUCUGUUCCGUGUUUUAAUUUGACCUCUCAGCACUGCGGUAAAGCAAUAAUAGUAAUAACAACUUUAUUUUUAUUGCACUUAUCUAAAUAAGGUUACAAAUAAGUGCUUUAUAAAAAUCCUUGGCAAAUAAAUGAAUUAACUAAAUUCUACUAUUCAAUUCAGUCCAGUUUUUAUCAUCAAAUUAUAACGUAAUAAGGUCAAGAUCUUAAAAUGUAUAGAGAAAGUCAACAGUUCCCACGAUGAGCGAGCACUUUGGUUGUGGAGAGAAAAAACUCUCUCCAAUACUGCAGCUCUUGCCCAAUUCUCAUCUAAUGCACUUUAUCGGCAGAAAUGAGAUCUAUCAACAUUUUUUUCAAACCUCUAAAAAAACCACGAGGGGAUGAGGAGACUGAGUGGAGCAGUCGGACUUGUCCUUACUAUGUGGCACUUCUGUCUUUGUCCUCUGCCACAUAAAGCCUCCUGAGUUUUGUUCCUGUGGUCGAGUAGCUACGAGCCAGAAAAAAGGCUUAACAUUGAAGUAUUACCGAGACUAUUUUUACCGACCAAUCCACACUUCGGAAAAUCUCCAUGACUCUGUGAAGUGAAGUUGCUGUUCUGAGGGCGAUGGAUGAGUGGUAGCUCGUAAAGCUAGAGGCAAACUCAAAUACCAAGUUGAGCCAGAUGAUUAUUAUGCCGAGGUGGAAGAUUUGGUUUUAAAUCCACUCUGUUUCUCCUCCAAUUGUUUCUAUUCUUAUCUGACUUGGGGCACAGCCACCAAAGCGGAGAGCAUAAGAGAAAACCUAACUCAUUUCACUGAGUGGAGCUGUAAGUGUUAGAGCCCUCUCGUGUAUCAAACAAGCUUUUGUUUUGCAGCAGGCAAAGGUCCCCUCUCGUUGAUGCUGGAGGGUUUUUGGCCCUUCACUCAGGAAGGAGGUUAUUGUUGAGCGAUACUGUAGCUGGAAUUAGGUGAGGAGGUGAAAUAUGACACACGGGAAGACUCCCUUUCCAUCCGGCCCACUAGCCCCCCUGCCCCCAUCCCCACACAGAUGGCAGGCCAACAGGCGCAUCACUUUACCUCCGCCUGUCAACAGCCCCGUUGUUCUGAGCUUUGUUCAUGCAGACAAAAGAGGACCUGAAAGAGCUGCGGGUGGGGUGGUACGCUGUGGCCUGUGCAGGAAGUGAUGAGCCGGAACCAGUGGUUUCACCCGGUCCUCUUAAGAAGUUGAUUUAAAGCAACGCAACGUGACUUUUGACUGAUGAAACAGAUUGUCUGAGCGAUGAAGUGUUUUUUUAUAGAGAGAAAAAACAAAGCCCAUCAAUCUCCCUUGUACUUAACUGAAACACAGCUCAACGCUGGGUAUUCCUCAUGAUCCUCGAGCUGCUGCUGUAACAAACCCACCCUGCUCUGUUCAGAACUUAUGAUAUUUUUAAAGGUUCCUUCCUGAACAUUGGCGACAAAAGUCUUUUUGACUGAUCUACAGUUCAGCGUCACCUGUGAGCUAGCUGGUUCUGAUAACUCAAGCUGCGACUAUCAGUCACUUCCACACUUCUCACAGGAGAUCGUACCCACAGUUACCUAGAGCGGACGUUCAGGGUGAGGAGUGAACGGAAGCGUCUCUAUUCUCCCUAUUCCAAAUCUGUGAAACCUAAAAUUAAUAUUGGAGCUGCUAUUUCAGCAUAAAAGAAAAGUUGCUUAGUGUUGCUUUCAUGUUUUCUCUCUGUCUUUGAGAUCUUUCAUUUGAAAUCUUUGCUGUUUCCGUAUCUUGUAGCUAACGACAUUCAAAAUAUAGAGCUGAAAGGUUUCUACAUCUUUACUAUGCAUGUCUCAUCUGGAGUGAUGGACACGUGCACACUGCACACCCAGGUGUUUUUAUUACCACGACUGACAGUCCACCAACAUCAGUAUGAGCUCAUGAGAAGUGUGUCAAAUAAUUAUCUUCUCUUUGUGAUAUUAAUCUGAAUCUCCUGUGCGCUGCACAGAACCCCGAGUGAGGCCAGUCAAUUUUUCCUUAAAACUUGCAGCUAGUAUGAUUGUUAAGUACUGUAUUCUUUCAAGUAUACACCCAUCUUUCCUUUGUUCUGUUUUCAAGAGAUAAAACAGAAGAGACGUUUUUAUGUUGACGGUUUAAGCACAAGAAAGUGUCGCAUUAAGGCAUGUGAGACUCAGCGUUUGUCUUUAAGAGGCAUGAAUUGCUGUUUAAGUGUUACAAAAAGAAGUGUUAUUAUUUAAUUUGAAGAAAAGAAGCCCAUUUGGUUUUUUUAGCCUGACGCUGUGAGAAAAGCUUGGGUUUGUUUUUCACAAAUAACUUUAUUAUUUUUGUUCCCAUUGAAAGCCCAUUAAAAUGCAUCAUUUGACUUCAUUUCAUGAAAAAAAGAUUAAGUUCUCUGAUAUAUUUUACAUUGUUGUCCUCUAUUUUCACUUUGUGAUUUAUUUCCUUCAUGAUUGUGGAAAUGAAAUAGUUUCUUUGCUGUAGUGAAACUGCUCUGAAUGUGAAUAUCUAUUGGAGAAAUAAAUGCAAUUGCAAUGCAAAUUCA